UCUUUUUCCUGUUUUCUCAAGUCUCUUCAUUAUUUAAACCAAAGCUAGGUGACGCCCGGUGCACGGGGAGAGAAUUGAGAGAAAAUGGCUUUGUUUUCAGUUAAGUUGAAUUUUGUUGUUCAUCUUAUGCUUCUCGUCUCUUUCACCAAACAAGCCUUAGGUGUGUCAGUGAGCAGCAAGGUAUUGGCCGAACAAGAAGCAGACAGAGUGUAUGAAUUACCUGGUCAGCCUAAGGUCAAGUUCAAACAAUAUGCUGGUUACAUCACUGUUAAUCAAACUCAUGGCAGAGCACUCUUCUAUUGGUUCUUUGAAGCCACACACAAAUCGCAACAACAACCUCUUCUCCUUUGGCUCAAUGGAGGCCCUGGCUGUUCUUCAAUUGGUUAUGGAGAAGCAGAGGAGCUAGGACCCUUCUUUCCCCAGAACAGCAGCCAACCAAAGCUAAAGUUGAACCCUUAUUCUUGGAAUAAAGCUGCCAAUCUUUUGUUUUUGGAAUCCCCUGUGGGAGUGGGAUUCUCCUACACCAACACCAGCAGUGAUAUCAGUGAGCUUGGUGACACCAUUACUGCUAAAGAUUCACACACCUUUCUCAUCAACUGGUUUAGGAGAUUUCCGCAAUUUAGAUCACACAAGUUCUACAUUGCAGGUGAAAGCUAUGCAGGACACUACGUUCCGCAACUUUCUGAGCUCAUUUUCGAUAAUAAUCGCAAUCCUGCCGAGAAAGACUACAUUAACUUCAAAGGAUUCAUGAUUGGAAAUGCAGCAUUGGACGAUGAAACAGAUUCAAAGGGUAUGGUAGAUUAUGCAUGGGAUCAUGCUGUCAUAUCAGAUGGAUUAUACCAUAACAUUACUACCAAAUGCAAUUUUAGUCUUCCAAAUCAAACAGAUGAAUGCUCAGUGGAACUCAACAAGUACUUCGCUGUGUAUAGGAUUAUUGACAUGUAUAGCUUGUACGCUCCCAAGUGUUUCAGCAACAACAGCAAUACCAGAAAGGAAACCACUGUUGUCAGAAGCACAACCCCUCAAACUUUUUCCAAAAUUGAUGGGUGGCAUAGAAAACCAGCUGGUGGAUAUGAUCCUUGUGCAUCCGAUUAUACUGAAGUGUACCUAAACAGGCCAGAAGUUCAAAAGGCAUUACAUGCCAAUGUCACAAAAAUUCCCUAUCCAUGGACUCAUUGCAGCGAUAAUAUUACAUUUUGGAGUGACGCACCACAUUCCAUGCUUCCUGUCAUAAAGAAGCUUAUUGCUGGUGGUCUUCGCAUUUGGGUUUACAGUGGAGAUACCGAUGGAAGAAUUCCCGUAACUUCAACAAGAUACACUCUUAGAAAGUUGGGACUUGGGAUUGUUGAAGAUUGGACUCCAUGGUAUACCAGCAACCAGGUGGGAGGAUGGACCAUUGUUUACGACGGGCUUACCUUUGUUACCAUCAGGGGUGCUGGUCAUCAAGUUCCUACUUUCGCACCCAAACAAGCUCUGCAGUUAGUUCGACACUUCCUAGAAAAUAAGAAAUUACCAUCUCAACCAAUUUAAUAAAUUCUCUUUUAAGCUAUGUUUUGAUUGAUGGAAAAAUAGAAUGCAAUUUUAUUAUUUGUAUAAUUUGUAAUAGAAUGAAACAAAUAUUCCUAUUUUACAUUUGAAAAUUUUAACGACUAUUAUAAAGUGCAAGAGUUCUGAUUUUGAUUUUAUAA